AUGUCUAACUUUUGCCUUGACACCAGGCCUGCUGAGGUUCAUUUCCAUAAAACAAACCAUCGUAGGAUGAGAAGAAGUCAAUCUCCAUCCCGUGAGGUUUCUCCAGUACCGUCAUACUUCUCUGAACCGGUUUCAAUCCGAAAGCACAAGGAUGUAACCUGCAGACUGCCUCAUCUCAUUAAAGGAGCUCAUCAGGAUGAAGAUGAUGAUGAUGACAUUCAGAGUUUAAAAAGCCUGCCCACGCUGAUGAACACAUUAGCCUCUGACCCUAAGGUUAACAGGUCACGCACAGUCCGCAAAGGACAAGGCAUCUCUGACUUGAGCCUUCCACUCCUCGUCACGUCCAAAUGUGAAAAUGGAACAUUAACAUGUUUCUGUAGAUGUACUCUUCUGGUAAAAGGUACUGGAUAUACUCGUGCCGAGGGCUUUCUCCCUGCCAUCAAAUCCACGGUCCUGGAGAGGCCACCAUGCCGAGCUGGAUGCAGGCCAGACAAAGUGGAAAUAGGUUCAACUCGGCAUCCUCGUCCAGUCGGUCAUCCUCAGUAUACACCUCUCAGUGAGAGCCGUCGUCCUGAAAAGACAUGGACUAUAAAAGCAAGCUGCCAGCACCUGCCCUCAUCCUCCUCUAACGAAGUGUCGCUAGGUCCCCGAAUCACAUUCCAUAGUCCAGUGGUACAGAGUGUCUACCCAGUCACUCCUGACUUGAUGAACGAGAGCAGACACAAUGCACAGGCUUGCCAGCCUCUGAGGCCUGUGCUGAAGAAAGCACAGGUGCUGAACAGAGGCGCUCUUCACUGCCUUUUAGAGGAAAGCUACCUCCCCUGCUCAAAUGAUCCACAUUUGCUCGAGCCAUUUUCAGGCUUUGAGGAGCACCUUUGUCAUCAGCUCCUUCACUCCCCUUUGCCCUGCCGUACAGCUCUGCCACACGUCAACUCCCAUCACAUCUUCCAGCUAGAAGCCAUGCUACCGGUACCCCAGGGGAUAGGCAGUUCCCUGAUGCAGCGCACUGUGGAGCUCUGCAACCCACAAGAGAAACAACUUCCCAGCAUCACCAUGACCCGUCCUACACCUUCCCCAAAACACCUAUGCAACACUGAAAACAGGCAUGUAGCUUGAGUGCAAAUUUUGCCACUGGAAAAUUACGACCUCUUUUUUUCUCUGCCCAGUGCUUCAUACAGUCCCAUCUGAAAGUAUUGGAACGGCAAGGUGAAUUCUUUUGUUUUUGCUAUACACUAAAGACAUCUGGGUUUGAGAUCAAAAGAUGAAUGAGACGAUAGAUUACAGUUCCAGCUUUCAUUUCCUGAUAUUUACAUGCAGAUGUGUUAAACAACUUGGAGCAUGGCAGCAUUGGUGGCAGACCGUACAAUUUUUAUGUGAGCAAAAGUAUAGGAACAGCUUGUCUUAACGUAAAUAACACUUACUUAAUAUUUGAUCGCAUAUCCCUUUCUUGCAAUAACUACAUCAAGUCGGCAACCCACUGACAUCUCCAAACUGUUGCGUUCUGCUUUCGUGAAGAAAACGACCCAUUUACAGGUAGUUGAUAGAAAUAGGGUGCAACAGAACAGAUAGCUAUUUAGCUAGCAUCUUAAUGUCACCCACUAGAUGCCAUCAUCAAAUUGUUAGAAAUUGUUCGCUCACUUUACACUCUAAGUCAUAUAAUUAGUUGAAUGGAGUCCACCUGUCAUUUCAUCUCAAUAUGCUGUUUCUGGAAGGUCCUAGAGUUUGUUAAUAAAAUAUCUAAAGUAACAGCGUCAUGAUGAUUAAGGUGCUAUCAAAAAAAAGUCUGGGACAAAGUUCUGGAAAAGUAUCAAUCAGGUUUCGGUUAUGAAAUAUAUCCCAACCUAUGAUGCUCCCAU